AUGGCUGGCACGUCACCUCAGUAUCGCGCACUCUGUGGGCGUUCUGGCAAUGUGAUUGCCUUUGGUAUGCAGUCGACUGCGUCGGUGAAUUGCGCUGGUAUGACGCUUUUUCGUGUUUUCCAGGGCAACAUCGAGGUCUUGGGCUUUCGACCACCUCUGGGUGUCUAUUUCUCGCUGCACUCGCCCAAGUGGAACAACUUACUGGUAAUGGAAGGUCGACCAGGCAAUGCAGAAACUCAAGCUCCUUUUGGGCCAACAAAUGCCAGUCUCUUGCAAGCCAUGGAGCCCACUUUGCCACCAGAAGCUGUGAAUGAGGACGAAGAGAUUGCGAUCGAUCGACUGGCCAUGCAGCUCGUAAACGACUUUCCUGUGGUGCUGGUGUUUCGCGCUAUCCCUGUCACGUACGGGAAUAUUACAAGUUUUUAUGAGAAUUCCAGACCCGAAAAGCCACCAGCGAUAUUACCUGGUUUCAAGAUGAUUGUCUCGAAACACAACCAGAACUUGUUGGACGACCUUACUGCACACUUUGACUCGACAAGUGCAGCACCUCCUGCUAUAGAUCCAAUGCAUCACGAUUGGAAGUCACCAGAGCGCGUAUUGGCAGAGCUCGUGGUGGUGGACUCGUUCAAGACCCUGCAGAUCACAGAAGCCUGGCAGGCAACUGUAAAUCGACUGCACGCUAGUCUGGUAGCAGGAGAAGACCCGACGCCGCAGAAAAUCGUCGUGUGUGGCGGCAAGGGUGUGGGGAAGUCCACUUUUUGCAGGUAUCUGGUCAACAGGUUACUCUCACAGUUUGGGACGGUGGUCUACCUGGACACAGACCUAGGCCAGAGUGAACUCACACCGUCUGGCCUUGUAGCACUUCACGCCUUGACGUCACCUCUGCUAGGUCCAGGGUUCUCGCACAUGAAGAAUCCGAUUCGGUCAUUCUUCUGUGGAAACACCAAUCCAGGGAACGAUCCGUUGUACUACAUGAAGGCAAUCAAGAGUCUGCUGCGCUUGUACGAUGCCAAGUGGGGUAACCAAAGAGAUACAAGCAGCAACAACGUGAGACCUCAGACACGACAGCGUGCAUAUGCACCGUUAGUGAUUAAUACGGAUGGUUGGAUCAAAAGUAUGGGCCAUGACCUGCUGUGCAGUGUCAUUCAAGACACGAACCCUGAUCACGUGGUGCAGCUGCUGGCCGCGUCUAAAAACAAACAGUUUGACGUCUCCACAGAAGGCAAGUGGCGCAUUCAUGCUGUGCCACCUUGGGAUCCUGUCGGCGUGACGCAACCUCCUCGUAGCUCCAAGGAACUGCGCGUUUAUCGAAUUCACUCGUACUUCCUGGCUCGAAGCCGGUGCAAGCUUCCACGAUCUUCGCUGCAGAACCUGCACGUGCUAUCCGAAAAGAAUCGAUUAGACAGCGACAUCUAUCGCGCGUAUGCUCAACUCACGCCUUUCGCCGUAUCAUUCGACCAGGUUGAUAUCUCGUUUGCUGGUCCCUCUGUGCCACCGAGCCAGCUCUUGUUCUCACUCAACGCUUGUGUCGUGGGUCUCUGCAUUAAUCCCGAAUACAAACCACCCGAUCAAGAUGAGUCCGAAAGGCAUCAAGGCCCACCGCGCAUCGUUCUCCAGCCCGUGCACGCUCCCUGUCUAGGCGUGGGAAUCAUCCGUGCGCUGGAAGCCAAGAAGCGCCAAUUGUAUAUGCUGAGUCCGCUGCCUCUCUCCGUGUUGAAGCGCGUCAAUUUGCUCGUGCAGAGCAGUAUGUCUCUCGACAGCAUCAUGUUGUCCGCACACGAUCCUGUUCAAGCACCUUACGUGGUCACCGACGUCGUAUCAGCUGAAGGCACCGGUUCCGCCGUCAUGCAAAGCCGCAACAAUCUCAAACGUAAGCGCGAUAGUAGCAAGUGA